GGAAAACUUUGCGUGGAUUCCUCAUUUUCCUCCUCCUCCUCCUUCUCCUCAUACACAGAUGAUAGAUGGAUAGAUGGAUAGAUAGUGUUUUCCUGGAAGGUGGAGAGGAAAAGAGGUGCUAAGGGAAAGGUGGUCCUGUCGGCGCCAAGCUGAGCUCUAAAGCCUCCGUCUGAAGGGCUCCUCUUUUGGGAGAACACAAACGCCUUCCACCAGGGAGGGUCCUCGAACUCCACCCAAGAACUGCAGAGAAACCAGGUACGACAGUAAUGCAAUUUUUUAAAAAGGGAGAGGAAGAAGGAAAGCAGGAAGGAUGGACACAGAAGAAGGAAAUCGAAAAGAGAGGAAAUAAAAAGAAUUAAAGGACUACUCUAAUUCUUGAAGGGACAGGAAAAAGAAAGAAGACGCAUUAAGGGAGGGAGACAUUGAGGACCGAGACCGUGGCAAAGCCCAGGGUCCUGAGAAACUUCGCGAGACAGAGGGGCCCUGCAGCUGCCCAUCCCCAUGUUUGGGCACAUGGAGUCGUGGCUCCUGCUCUUGAGUCCUGCCCUGGGAGGGACAGUAUCUGUUUAGAUUUGCGUCUAAAUUUAAACCCUGAUCGUCGGCCUCCCUCCCCGCUCCCCACCCUCCCCUCUCCUCCCCUCCCCUCUCCUUCCUCCCUCCCUCCCUCCUCCUCCUUCCUCGUUCUCUCGGGCAGGGCCCCCGCGGCCGGGGCAGUCCCGCAGCCGAGCGCAGCCGGGCGCGCGCCGCCGCCCACUCGCCCUGUGCCCGCCGCAGCCCGAAACUGGCCACGGCCGGGAGUGGAGGGGACAGCGGGGAUCGUGAGCUCCGACCCGAGCGAGCGGGUGCGUCCGCCUCAGAGUCGGCACCUGAAGGACAUGGAGGAACGACCGGCAGAGACCAAUGCCAAUGUGGACAAUUCAGCGUCCCCCUCGGUGGCCCAGCUGGCCGGGCGGUUUAGGGAGCAGGCGGCUGCAGCCAAGGAGACACCAGCCAGUAAACCAACCCGAAGGAAACCGCCCUGUUCCCUCCCCCUGUUUCCCCCCAAGGUAGAGCUGGGCCAGAAUGGUGAGGAGAAAUCACCACCCAAUGCGAGCCACCCUCCUAAAUUCAAGGUCAAGAGCUCGCCUCUGAUUGAGAAGCUUCAGGCCAAUUUGACCUUUGACCCAGCUGCUCUGCUGCCUGGGGCCUCACCCAAGAGUCCCGGACUCAAGGCCAUGGUGUCGCCGUUUCACAGCCCACCUUCUACCCCUAGUAGUCCUGGUGUGCGAUCUCGGCCCAGCGAGGCAGAGGAGGUGCCUGUCAGCUUCGACCAGCCCCCUGAAGGCAGUCAUCUGCCCUGUUACAACAAGGUGCGGACAAGGGGCUCAAUCAAAAGGCGCCCUCCCUCCAGGCGAUUCCGAAGGUCGCAGUCAGACUGUGGGGAACUUGGAGAUUUCAGGGCGGCGGACUCAUCUCAGGAGAAUGGUGCUAAGGAAGAGGAUGGGGAUGAGGUGUUCCCAUCCAAGAGCAAGGCCCCAGGAUCCCCUUCGUCCAGUGAGGGGGCAGCAGGAGAGGGAGUGAGAACCCUGGGGCCCGCUGAAAAGCCUCCUCUGAGGAGGUCACCCAGCAGGACAGAGAAGCAGGAGGAGGAUAGGGCCACAGAGGAAGCCAAGAACGGCGAAAAGGCCAGGCGGAGUUCAGAGGACGUGGACGGCCAGCACCCGGCCCAGGAGGAGGCCCCGGAAGCACCCCAGACCUCUGGCCCAGAGGCAGAAAAUAGGUGUGGGAGCCCCAGGGAGGAAAAGCCAGCUGGAGAGGAAGCAGAGAUGGAAAAGGCUGCAGAGGUGAAGGGGGAGAGGGUGCAAAAUGAAGAGGCGGGACCUGAACAGGAGAGCCAAGAAACAAAGAAGCCGGAGGAGGGAGCUGCAGGGACGGAGACCCCCCAUAGUCCCCCUGGAGGAGUGAAGGGCGGUGAUGUCCCCAAGCAGGAGAAAGGCAAGGAAAAACAACAGGAAGGGGCAGUGCUCGAGCCAGGCUGCAGCCCCCAGACCGCUCCUGCCCAGCUGGAGACCAGCAGUGAGGUCCAGAGCGAGCGAGCGGUCCCCAAGCCAGAGGAUGACACUCUUGUCCAGGACACUAAAAUGUGAAGAACAGCUCAUUGUGCCCCAGUGAUGAAGUUGCUGGACACAUCUCUUUGCAAGUAGCAGCAACAGUCGUAGCAGCAGCAGAUGAAGGCAUUGCAGAGGCAGAAUGUGCUGAGAGUCUGGAGUCAGCCUGAAGACAAGGGUGGAUUAUUUCCUGGCCUCCACACCAAAUGUUCCCUCGCAGAUGGAGACUGGAUCUGAGGGCAGCAGACUUUUAUCAGUUUGUGUUUAUGUCAUUUGAUGGACUUGGUUAAACAACAACUUACUUAAAACAAUGCCGUGUGGCGAUGAGUCCCAGGGGCACUGGUCAGCCUGUGGAGCCCUGGACGCUAUCCACACCCACCCAUCCCUGCAGCUGACCUCCGACCUCCGACCUCCGACCUGAGCUCUGAUUUAGCUUAUCAGAUUUGCUUGGGUAAAGUUCCUUUUUAUUGUUCUAAAGUGUUUAUGGUUCUCAAAUAUCAGUUAAAAACUAAUUUUAGGUGGCCAUAAACAUAAAAUAGAAAUCCUGUAAGUUACAGAAGACCUUAAAUUGUAUCAAAACCCUAGAGACAACUUUUCAACUUGGUCCAAAUUUGAACUGGCCAACCAGUCUUUAAAACAUUGGACUGGAAGAGAUAAUGAUUGAAACAUUAAAAAAAAAAAAAGUGUCUGCUCCAUUCUCAGUAGCUUUACCUGCCCUGUGCUUUUCCAGUUGGUAACCACCAUGGGAGGUCACUGCCUUGGCUCACUCCCUUCUCUUGCCCUUGAGAAUGUGGAGAACUCCCAUGAAGAGGCAGAAUGGCAGGAGGUUUCAUGUCCCGCAUUGCAUCUCCUCCUCAAAGCAAAGCAGUGAUACCUGAAUAAUGGCGGCUGUCCGAUUGAUCCUGUGAGGAUGAAUUUGCAUUUCCAGAAUCCUUGAGCGUGGAUUAGAUGUUUCCUGGGAGGUGCCCUGAGUACCAUGAUGUGCAAGCUACAUAAUUAAAACAUUUUUCUUAGUUUCCCUGGGAAGCUUUUCUUGACUCACAGCCCAGGUUCUUCUGGCCAACACAGGAGGAGUGAGUUGGGGUCUUUAGUCUCUUCUUCUUGGGUAGCUCUUGCUUUAAUAUUCUGUUUGGUGAGUGUAGGAGGUUCUGCAAGGGACAGGGCGCCUGACUACCCAGUCUUUGACUUAUAUCCUCUCCCAUCUUCAUGCACUCCUGCUGAAAAAUGUUAAUCCAAAUACACAUUUAAACUUAGUGUUGGUCCUUAUUCUGAUCUGAGUAUUUUAAUGUCUCAAUGUGCUGGUUUGGUAGCUGGAAGAAUUAUUCUGGAGGUCUGUUAGACUACAUCCUACGCUGACUUCAGAAAACAGUCUCUCAGACAAAAAGGCCUUAUGUCACCACUGGUACCUCAGUUUCCUCAACCCAUUUACAGUUUUUCUAACUCCAGGGUAGUGUUUAGUGUUAAUAUUUGGGAUAUUUUUUUUUCAAAACUAUUUUUAAGUAGUUUGUAAUUUGUAACAAACUUGUAACCUGGUUGAGACUGAUAUUGUCAUAGUUAUGAUAAACUUUGGAUAUUAGCAGAA